AUGGAAAUAUAAAAUAAAAAUAAAAAAUAAAAUAAAAAGCACUUUCUUUCUUUCUCUUUGUUUGUGAAGACCUGGUUUCUUUGUUGUUAACCAGGUCUUAACAAGCUCCAAAUCCAAAUCCUUUUUCCUCUCACAUUCUCAAUUUUCCUUUUCAAUUUUCGUUCCUUUUUCCUUCAACAAUGAAUGAUCUUCUAACGGAAUCGUUUGACAUCCCCCGUGGCCGAGGUCAUGGAGGUGGUGACGUUGAAAUGGGGGAAUACGGAAGGAAUUCCGGAGAGAUUAGCUUGGAUAGUUUCUUCAAAAAGGUUCAAGAACUUGAGAAACAAUAUGCUAAGCUGGAUAACCUUUUGAGAAAGCUUCAGGAUGCUCAUGAGGAGUCCAAAGCUGUUAGCAAAGCUCCUGCCAUGAAGGCUAUAAGGCAGAGAAUGGAUAAAGAUGUCGAUGAAGUUAAGAAAACUGCGCAUUUCUUAAAGACCAAAGUUGAAGAGCUAGACAAAGAGAAUUUGGCUAAUAGACAGAAGCCUGGUUGCGGAAAAGGAUCAGCUGUUGAUCGGUCAAGAACAGCAACGACAAUUAACUUGAAAAAGAAACUGAAGGACAAGAUGGCUGAAUUUCAGACCCUGAGAACAGCCAUCCAUGAAGAAUAUCGAGACAUUGUUGAGAGACGUGUAUUUACAGUAACGGGCAAAAGAGCUGAUGAAGAGACAAUUGACAGAUUAAUUGAGACCGGAGACAGUGAACAAAUUUUCCAAAAGGCAAUCCAGGAACAAGGACGAGGCCAGAUAAUGGAUACCCUUGCAGAAAUUCAAGAACGACACGAAGCAGUCAGAGAUGUUGAGAGGAAACUGCUUGAUUUACAACAGAUAUUUAUGGAUAUUGCAGUGUUAGUUGAUGCACAAGGAGACAUGCUUAACAACAUAGAAUCACAGGUUACAAGUGCAGUAGAUCAUGUGCAGCGAGGUAACGAUACUCUUAUAAAGGCGAAGAAACUGCAAAAAAACUCGAGAAAAUGGAUGUGUAUUGCCAUCAUGAUAUUUCUCAUCAUGGUUAUGUUCAUUGUUCUUUCUGUCCUCAAACCAUGGGUUACUCAUCAGGCAUAGUUACUGAUCAGUAACACAUUAUUAGACAACAAUUGAGCAUUAACAUUCCUAUUCAUAUUCCAUUCUUUUUGUGAUUAUUAGUAUCUUAUUAAAGGGAACAAUGUAAUUAAGAAAAUUAACUUCACUCUAUUAUACAUGUGCAUGUUUAUCACAUUUCUGCCUCUUCAAAUUCAAAAUAUUUAUUGGUUAUAUACUAUA